AUGCUUGAUGACUGGGAAUUGACGGUAGGAAUUGAGGUACAUGCCCAGUUGAACACCUCUCGCAAACUGUUCUCAUCUGCUCCUACCGCCUCGACGUCUAGCCCCAACUCCCAGCUUGCGCCCUUCGAUAUUGCCGUCCCUGGUAGCCAACCGGUUCUGCAACAUGGCGUGAUCAUCCCUGCACUACGUGCUGCGCUUGCUCUCGACUGCAAAAUCCAGUUAACAAGUAGCUUUGAUCGCAAGCACUACUUUUAUCACGAUCAACCGGCCGGGUACCAGAUCACCCAGUACUAUCAGCCUUUCGCAAAGGAUGGCUUUCUCAAGCUCAAUGCGGAUGACGAUCUCCCAGAUGAUAAAGAGAUUGUGGUGGGAAUCAAGCAGGUGCAAUUAGAGCAGGAUACGGCAAGAUCCCAGGAGCAAGACAGUGAGACGACUCUGAUCGACUUCAAUCGUUCUGGAUUUGCUCUCAUCGAGAUUAUUUCUUUGCCCGAUCUUCACUCUCCCAGAGCUGCCGCCGCAUACGUCCGCAAGUUGCAAGGACUGCUCUUUGCAGUAGAUGCGGUAACAACCGGGAUGGAAGAGGGUGGCCUUCGUGCUGAUGUCAACGUAUCUGUGCGACGCAAAGGAGAUGUGCAAGGCAACUUUUCGUACUCAGGCAUUGAAGGCCUGGGCCAGCGAACAGAGAUCAAGAACCUCAGCACAUUCAAAGGGAUCGAGGAGGCAAUUAAGGCAGAAAGAGACCGGCAAAUCAAUGUGAUUGAAAAUGGCGGGACUGUCGAAGCGGAAACCCGUGGCUGGGCGGCUACACACCCUCGAGAAACUAGGAGACUUCGUGGUAAGGAAGGGGAAGUCGACUAUCGCUAUAUGCCUGACCCUGAUCUCCCACCAUUAUACAUUCACUAUUCACUCGUCGAUCGACUGAAGACAACCCUCCCGCCAUCACCGGAAAAGCUUGUCAGCAUGCUUAUGUCUGAUUAUGGUCUAUCUAACAAUGACGCGGGAACACUUUGUGCUUUGGAUGAUGGCGAGAGAAUGAUAUACUUCCAGGAGGUCGUUCAAGAACUUAUCGAGUCACUCAACAGCUCGCUUCCGCGGAAUGCAGUCGGGCAGCUUGUCGCAAACUGGGUACUUCACGAGCUUGGAGCACUUCUGUCCUCAGAUGAUCAGCAAUGGUCAAAAGACAUAGUACCUGCAAGCCAGCUAGCUGCGAUCUUGGCUCAGUUCAGCCUCGGGAAGAUAACCGGGGCUUCUGCCAAAGUUAUCUUGAAAUUGAAAUACAGUGGCGACGAGCGAUCUGUUCCAAACAUCAUUGUGGAGGAAAAGUUGCACUUCCAAAGUCUCUCCGAUUCAAAAUAUGAGACGAUUGCACGAGAGAUCAUGGAACAGUAUCCUAGACAUGUGGAAGACAUCCGAGAACGGAAAAAGAUGGGUAAGCUGCAAUUUUUGAUGGGUCAGAUGUUUAGACAUCCGGAUCGAGGGAGUAUGAAGCCACAGGAAGCCGAGAAAGUGUUUCGUCGGUUGAUUCUGGGCGAAGAAUGA